CACCAUCGAGGAUGGUAACCCAUGCCAAUAUCACUAAUUCGCGCUGUCUUUGGCGGUGUAUUGUAAAACGAAUUCAGCCUUGACAGCAUUGCCAACAUUUGUCUUUCGCAAGGUAAGCGGGGACCACUUUGCACUGCCGGUUUCACCCAGAAGGUCUCAUAAAGGCCCAUGGCGCCGAAGAAAGGCGCGGCCGCCGGCAAAAACCCAUCCUCUAAGAAGCCGGCGCCAACUGUUCCUGACAGUGAACACAUUGUGUUCACUAAUAAGCCAAAUGACAAGAAGAAACGAGACAACAAAGAGCCUGAAGGACCUCCGCGGCCAGAUGCGCGCAAAGUCAUCGGCGGCGCUUCAUGGACGGGUAAACUCCCGGUAAAUCUUCUGUCAGAGCACUGCCAACGUCAAAGAUGGAACAAGCCCGACUAUCAAAGCCGCCAGGUGCCGAGUGGUAGCAAUGGAGAAAAAAUGCACCGUUCGUGGGUGGUGCUCUCAAAGACAGAUACCAAAACCCAAGAAAUCACGAGAUUACCUCCUUUUCAACUUCCUGCUUCCCACGCUCACCUUGCGGAUCAGCCCACUGCUCUUGAGGCUCGCCACUUUGCCGCGGCCUAUACGCUAUUUCGGGUGUGUAGCAUGAAGAAUCUAGCCAUGGCAUUACCGCCGACGUAUCGGGAUCUCUGGAAAGGAGAGUUUCAACGCUUAAAAGAUGAGGACGUCAAGGAAGGACGGGCAUGGAAAUAUGAGGCCGACCCCUUUGCUGCUGAAGCAAAAAGACAGGAAAUCAAGACGAGCAUGGAGAAACGACGACAGGACCACGCCAAACAGGCCCCGAAACUAGAGUCCCCAAGCCUUGUGGCUCCUGGGUCUUCCACUGGCAAUGUGAAAGGGUGGGAUAACGCACCACGGAUCGAGUUAGGUGAGAGUGUCCGCACACGUAUGGAAGCCUUUAUUCGAUCACGGAGUAUCUGGAAUCCACAUGGUGUCAAGAUGACAGAAGCAUCGAAGAGAUUGAUAUUGUCAGAUCUAACCAAGUCGGGCUUUCAACCCAAGCAUGUCGAAGAGGCUCUGGACUACUGUGGCAGCAGAGAGGAGGCCGUGGAAUGGCUGCUGACGCACGUACCCGAAGACUCCCUGCCGGCAUGGAGUUUUCCACCAGGAUAUAGUGCCGGUGUCAGUUUGGUGAGCAGCGACCUGGCAAUGGACGCAAAAAUAAAGCGCUUGACGGAGGGUGGCUACCCGACCCAGGUUGCUAUCCAAGCCCUACGGGACAAUGACGGGAACGAAGGGCUGGCUUUAGAAGCGCUACAAAUGAAGCUUGUUUCCCUCACAUCAUCGGCUUUGGAGACUACUGCAUCAGCUGAGGACAUCUGGACCGAGGAAAUGACCACUUUAGAAGCCAUUCUUGACGACAGAUUCACCUUGGACAACCCAAAUCAAUGUUCGAUCAGAGCAGAUCCUAACUUGAACAUCCCUGCAAUAUUUCAGUUUCGCCGUCCGACGACUGGCUAUCCAAGUUCACGUCCACCUCUUAUACUAGUCAAGGCUCCUACGUUGCCAAGUUACGUUCGCUUGAGCAUUACGAAGAAGGCAGUUACCUACGCCCAGGAAAAUCUUCUUGGGGACCAAAUGAUAUUUAGUCUGUUGGAAUGGCUUGAGACAAACAUCCCAAGCAUCAUUGCAGACCCGGGCCGAUUGAGUGACCUGCAAAUCAUUGCUCCAUCGUUGAAAGCUCAAGCUACACUUACCGAGCCUCCAGACCAGGCUCCAGUUCCCCAGACGAGGACGAGGGAACGGAUACAACUCAGGGAUCAUAGGACAGAUAAAGCAAUCCUGGACGCCUGGACAACCCGACAACGUUCGGAAGCCCAAGAGGAAAUGAAUACAGGGCGGCGAUCUCUGCCAGCAUGGUCGAAGAAAGACGCAAUCAUCGAGGCAGUUAAGGGAGGUCAGGUGACACUCAUCACCGGCGAGACAGGGUCCGGAAAGAGUACUCAGGCGAUCCAGUUCAUCCUGGACGAUGCCAUCCAAAGUAUGAAGGGAUCUAAGGCCAACCUGAUUUGCACGCAGCCAAGGCGGGUUGCUGCGCUGUCUCUCUCGGACCGUGUAAGCUCAGAAAGGUGCUCGACCGAAGGCGACGAGGUUGGCUACAGUAUAAGAGGCGACUCCAAGGUGUCGUCAAGGACCAAAAUCACCUUUAUGACUACCGGAGUACUUCUUCGCCGACUGCAAAGCUCCACAAGCAUCAAGUCAGCGCUGGCCAAUAUCAGUCACAUCUUUGUGGAUGAGGUCCACGAGCGCUCCCUUGACACAGACUUCUUACUUGCUCUACUGCGAGACGCGAUCACGGCACUUCCACAGCUCAAAAUCGUGUUGAUGAGUGCAACGCUCAAUGCAGACACCUUCGCGCAAUAUUUCGGUGGCGAUAAUGUCGUGAACCGGGUGCAUAUCGAAGGCCGUACGUACCCAGUUCAGGACUAUUACCUCGACGAUGUGGUGCGGCUUGUGGGCAUAGGAUCUCAGCCGAGUACAUAUGACCCGGAGUCCUCUUCUCAGACUGAUGUUGGCAGAGCCAUCCAAAGCUUGGGGAUGGGCAUCAACUACCAGUUGAUUGCGUCUCUAGUACACGUCAUUGACGAGCAACUGGGCACCUCUACCACAGGAGGCAUUCUGAUCUUUAUGCCCGGAACAAUGGAGAUCGACCGCUGCCUCCGGCUGCUAAACGACUCUCCUAGGAUGCAUGGCCUUCCGCUUCACGCAUCGCUUACACCCGCGGAGCAGCGACUUGUGUUCCGGCCGGCUCCUCGGGGUAAGAGGAAAGUCGUCGUGGCGACCAACGUUGCCGAGACCUCGAUCACGAUCGAAGACAUCGUGGCGGUGAUCGACACGGGCAAAGUCAAGGAGACGCACUAUGAUCCGACGUCCAAUAUCGUGCGCCUUGAAGAGGUAUGGGCGUCCCAGGCGGCGUGCAAGCAGCGCCGCGGUCGAGCAGGCAGAGUGCAAGCAGGCAAAUGCUACAAAUUGUUCACCAAGAACGUCGAGGCCAACAUGGCACCGGCGGCGGCGCCCGAGAUGCACCGCACGCCGCUCGAACAACUUUGUCUCUCGGUCAAAGCGACCGGAUCGGAUCGCAACGUGGAGGCGUUCCUGGCCAGCACCAUCUCGCCGCCGGAUAGCCGUGCGGUGGCCACUGCAAUGAAAACACUGCGGCGGAUGGGUGCACUGGAGCUGGAAACCGACAGCCUCACCGGUUUGGGGACGUAUUUGGCCAUGAUCCCGGCCGAUCUCCGAUGCGCCAAGCUACUGGUAUAUGGCGUCCUGUUUGACUGUCUUGAACCUUGUCUGACUAUCGCCGCGAUUUUGACCACAAAGAGCCCUUUCGUCUCUCCACGGGAGAAACGCGACGAAGCGAAAGCAGCACGAGCAUCGUUCGGCGUCGCGGACGGAGACUUGUUGCUCGACUGUAUGGCUUUCGAACAGUGGAAAGAGAUGUUGAGUCUAGGCCAGAACUACCGGGACAUGCAGGACUGGUGUUCGGCGAGGUUCCUUUCGCAGCAGACCUUGCGCGACAUCGACUCGACGCGCCGCCAGCUGCUUGACUCAUUAAUCGAGACGGGCCUGUUGCCACCCGGCUACCGCGCCGAGUCGUCGUCGUCGCCACCCGGUCCGCAGACUCAAACUUACAACCGCAACAAACGCAAUACCAUGCUCCUCCGCGCCCUUAUCGCCGGCGCGUUGAAUCCACAGCUCGCGCGCAUUCAAAUGCCGGACAAGAAAUACAUUGCCUCAAUGACAGGCGCCAAGGAGCUCGACCCGGACGCCCGCACCAUCAAGUACUUCAACGAGGAGAACGGACGGGUAUUUGUGCAUCCGAGCAGUGUGCUCUUCGACGCUCAAAGCUUCUCUGGCGCCGCGGCGUUCGUGAGCUACUUUACCAAAAUGGAGACGAGCAAGACCUUCAUCCGAGACCUCACCCCUUUCAACGCCUAUGCGCUCUUGCUGUUCGGCGGGCCCGUCGAGGUGCAGACUUCGGGUGCAGGCGUCCUGGUCGAUGGCUGGUUGAAGCUGCGCGGCUGGGCUCGGAUAGGAGUCCUGGUCUCGCGGCUGCGUGCACUGCUGGAUGACGAGUUGACCAAGCGUAUUGAUUCGCCUGGCGCUGUCGGCGAUGACGGGGGAAUUUUGGAUAUCGUUAGGCAUCUUGUUGAAUUGAACGGGCAGGACAAGUAGACAAGUGGUCCGUCAUGGUAAGAUGGUAUGAUAUGCAUCUCAGAAGGCAUGCAGUCUCUUGUGAGACACGAUAUAUUCCCUUGGGCCCUAGGUUUGUACCUACCAGAAAUACAGAUUCUGAAACACCAUGCAUUCAUGAAAAACCACUAGAUAGCCGUACUCACCAACGGCCGAGCACCGCUCUGCGCUCGACUUCUGUACAACGAUGAAGGUCAAGUUGGCCGUCGAUAUUCCCUUGUUUCAAGUGCCAGCUUAUGCCAGCUUUGAGACGUGAUCAUAGAGCGGCACAGGCAGCCACAGCCCGUGGAGGCUGGCUGGCCCCCACGGCAAUUCGACAUCCCCCACUGUCAGGCUGACAGACCGAACCAGGUCCCCCCACUUCUGGGAUGCCCCCAGGAACUCGAGAGAUUCUCUUCAUAGCGAGAAGUGCAGCCUGACCCUUCUCGAAACAUAUCAUUACUGUGCUGUCA